AUGAAGAAUACAGUUGAUGAUUUUAUAGGAACAAUAGAAUCUGAUGAGGAUAUUGAUCAGCCAGAGGAAUUAGAGGAACCCACUCAACAAAAUUUAUCAAAGAAGGAUCAAAUACAAAGGAGGAGGAAUAAAGAAAUCAUUAAUGAUAAGCCUAGUAAUUCACAAGCAAGGGAUUUGGAAUUGGAUUUUGAUUUUGAAAAUAUAAACACUCACCUGAAUUUAUCCAAUAACAAUCAACAAGAUCAAGUCAAUCCUAUUGAUUCUAUCAUUAACAAGAAAAUUGAUUCUUUGGAUGAAAAUAUUCACUCAAAGAGACAGGCGGUGAUGGAUGACGGUGAUGGUAAUUCAGAUCGCUCUGAUUCUGAUUCUGAUAAUGACAAUGACUUGGAUGAUGAUCUUGACCAGGAUGAUCACAAUGAUAUCAGUGAUAGUCAUAGCGACAACGACAACGACGAUGACUCAGACACCCACUCAGUAUCAUCCGCUUCCUCUUCCUCCUCCUCCUCCGCUCAAAAGAAAGACUACUUCGCUACACCAGCCGCCACCCCCAAAAACUCUAAAAAUACUUUCUCAUCACUCGCACUCUCCCGCCCUAUCCUCAAAGCCAUCAGCUCCCUCGGCUUCACCCAACCAACCCCCAUUCAAAAAUCUGUUCUUCCCGUUGCUCUAGCCGGAAAAGACAUAGUCGGUCAAGCCGUCACCGGUAGUGGUAAAACUGCCGCCUUCAUUCUGCCCAUCCUCGAGCGCUUAAUGUACAGACCUAAAUCUUCAUCGAAGUCAGGUGAAACCAGGGUCCUCAUAUUAUGUCCAACACGUGAAUUGGCCUCUCAGUGUUUCCAAGUCGCUCAAUCCCUUUCCAAAUUUAUGGGUGACAUCUCCUUCGCUCUUGUCGUCGGUGGUCUCUCCCUCAAACUCCAAGAACAAGAGCUCAAACAAAGACCAGAUGUCGUCAUUGCUACCCCAGGUAGACUCAUUGACCACGUCCGCAACUCUCCCUCUUUCAAUCUCGACUCUCUCGACAUUCUCAUCAUGGACGAGGCUGACAGAAUGCUCGAAGAUGGUUUCAAAGAUGAAUUGGAUGAGAUUGUCAAGGAGUGUCCAACCAAUCGCCAAACGAUGCUUUUCUCAGCCACCAUGACUGAUAAAGUCGAUGAGCUUGUGAGGCUAUCCCUUGACAAACCCGCUCGUCUCUUCGUCGACCCCAAGAAGUCCACUGCUAAGGGUCUUACGCAAGAGUUUGUGCGUGUUAAAUCAAACACCAAGAACGAUCUCACUGAGCGCACUGCCACUCUGCUCGCGCUCUGUCGACGUACAUUCCGCCACCGCACCAUCAUUUUCUUCCGCAGCAAAGCACUCGCACACCGCAUGCGCAUUCUGUUCGGACUGAUGGAGAUGCGAGCCGACGAGCUACAUGGUGAUUUAUCACAAGAAGGCAGACUGAGCUCGCUCGACCGGUUCAAGAACGACAAAUCGGAUUUCCUGCUCGCGACCGACUUGGCCAGUAGGGGGUUAGAUAUUAAGGGGGUGGAGACGGUCAUCAAUUUCGAUCUGCCCAACCAGAUCGAGAUCUACUUGCACAGGGUCGGUAGAACCGCACGUGCCAAUCUCACAGGACGCUCCAUCUCGCUGAUUGGAGAAAGUGAUAGGAAGAUGCUGAAGUCCGUCGUGAAACGCUCCUCAGCACAGUCGAGCGAUAGCAUCAAACACCGUAUCGUGCCGCAGGAUAUUCUCCGUAGUGUCGCCGAGCUGGUCGCUGGACUCGACGGACAGAUUGACGAUGUACUCAAACUAGAGAAGGAGGAGCGCGCAAUGCGCGUCGCCGAGAUGGAACUCGUCAAGUCGAAGAACAUGAUCGAGCACCAAGAUGAAAUUAUGGCUAGACCCGCGCGUACGUGGUUCCAGACCGAGAAGGAGAAGCGCGAAAGCAAGGAUACGGGCAAAGAGGAGUACAAUAAGAAAUUCGAUCAACCCGAUCAAAUUACCCAGAAAACAGCUAAAACUCACGACUCGCUCGGUCGUAAACUCACCUCCUCCUCCGGUCUCAGCAGACGUGAUCGCCGCAAGAAGGAAAUGAAAGAGGAGUACGAAGCGGAUAAAAAUAAGGGCUGGAAUGUAGACCACGCUGUGCGCUCAGCUAAGAAAUCAGCCAAGCCGCAGAAAAUGAGCGUUUUGGCAGAUACAUCCAAACCCAAAGAGAGUGCAGCGCCAUCCAAGAAACGUAAGAGUAGCGCAGGACCUUCGUUUACAGAAGAUAAAUCAGUCAAACCACCAAAGAAAAAUGAAGGCGAACGCGCUAAACCUGGCGCUGCUGUCGGUCGUUCAAACAAAAAAGCUCGUACUAAAGGUCCUAAGAAAGGCAGCAAGUAG